AUGAUAAAGGUAAAUCUAAUUUUAAGCUCAACGUAACUAAAGAGCAUCUAAAAAAUUAUUUUGUGUUUCAUCUUUUUGAUAACUCUCAAUUUUACUGUUUUAUAAAGAAGCAUAGAGAGAUAUGAGGAUUAAAGAAGAAGUAGGGAGAGAUUAAAUAGUUUUGGAGAGAAUAAAUCAACUGGAAGAAUUAUAGCUAAGCAGGUAAAAAAUAGAAUAAUUUAAAGAAUUAAAAAGAGCAAGGAGAAAUAAAUAGAUUUUAAUAGAUUAAGAAUCAACAAUAGUGA